UCGACCUGACCUGACCUCACCUCUUCACCGACCACAUUGCCUUCUGUCCCGCCAACACAGAGCAUUAAUUUUCUGUCAUUAUUCAUCCAGACGAGCGUGUGCGUCCCAUAACAAGCCUGCUGCUCCCGCGGCAGGCGUCUCUCUCACGUCACGUCGACAUGGGUAACUCUUGCGGCGGCAUCAGCCAAAGCGGAGACGCGAAUAUCGGCUCUUCGCAGUCCUCCAGCACCAACGACUCCAACUCGGCCACUUCAGUCGUCUCGGUUAUUGCCCCAGUCGCCCUCUAUGCCUUGAUCUGGGCCUUUCUUUUCCUCGUUUUGCGCAAUAGAUUCCCCAGAUAUUACAGACCUCGCACCUUCGUCGGCUCAUUGCGAGAAGAACAGCGGACCCCCCGACCCAAAGAUGGCCUCUUCAACUGGUUUGCCGAGUUCUGCCGUCUCCCCGACACCUACGUCUUGAACCACCACACUCUCGACGCUUACCUCUUCUUGCGAUUCCUCAAGAUCUCCUGCGUCUGCUGUCUCGUCGGCUGUUUGAUAACAUGGCCAGUGCUGUUCCCAGUCAACAUCACGGGCCAAGGUGGCCAAAAGCAACUCGAUAUCCUCACAAUGGCCAACCUCGUGGCCCCAGACGGCAGCUCACCGAACAGCUACUACUUCCGCUACUUCGCUCACGCAGGCUGUGCCAUCCUCUUCUUCAGCUUCGUCAUCUACAUGAUCACGCGCGAGCUCAUUUACUUCAUCAACCUGCGCCAGGCAUACCUCAUGUCGCCAUUCUAUGCGAGCCGUAUCUCCUCGCGUACAGUCCUGUACACGAGCAUUCCGGAGGACUACAUGAGCGAGCAGAAGCUUCGAAGCAUGCUCGAGCCAGGCGUCCGCAAGAUCUGGCUGUCUACCGAUUGCAAAGAGCUGGAAGAGCUUGUUGAAGAGCGCGAUAAGACCGCCAUGAAGCUUGAAGCCGCUGAGACCAAGCUGAUCAAGACUGCAAAUGCCAACAGACUCAAGGCUGAGAAGGAGACUGGGCGCCAGAACUCCGAGGAGGCUGCAAUCGGCGAGGAAGGCGCUGUUGCCGCUCGCUACCUCCAGGAGAAAGAGCGCCCCACACACAAGCUCAAGUUUUUGAUCGGCAAGAAGGUCGACACCAUCGACUGGUGCCGCAGCGAGCUUAAGAGCCUCAUCCCCAAGGUCGACGCGGCUCAAGCCAAGCACAAGGCCAACCAAGCCACGCUGCUCAACUCCGCCUUUGUCGAAUUCGAUACCCUCAGUGCCGCCCAAGCUGCAUACCAGAGCCUCACUCAUCACCACGUCCUCCAGAUGUCACCGCGAUUCGUCGGCAUGAGCCCUGAAGAAGUCGUCUGGUCCAACCUGCGCAUCAAGUGGUGGGAGAGAGUUGUCCGCCAGAUCGCAACGACAACCUUCAUUGUCGCCUUGGUCCUCUUCUGGUCCAUCCCUGUCGCCGUCGUCGGUGCCAUCAGCAACAUUACCUACCUGACCUGCUCACUGCCAUGGCUGAGCUUCAUUGACGACAUCCCAUCUGCCGUCCGUGGUGUCGUGACCGGUCUGCUUCCCGUCAUUCUGCUGGCCGUACUCAUGUCACUCCUUCCCAUUAUUCUCCGCAAGAUGGCCAAGCUUGCAGGCGCUCCAACACUUAGUGCCGUGGAGCUUCACUGCCAGAACAGCUACUUCGCCUUCCAGAUCGUCCAGGUCUUCCUCGUGGCAACUCUGGGAUCCGCUGCAUCUUCUGUGGUCCAGAGUGUGGUUGACGACCCAUCCAGCGUCACCACCCUUUUGGCCACGCAAUUGCCAAAGGCAAGCACAUUCUAUCUUUCCUACUUUGUCCUUCAGGGCCUCGGAAUUGUCUCUGGUCUCUUGGUCGGUCUCGUUGGCCUCGUUCUCUUCAUGGUCCUUGGAAAGAUCCUGGACAAGACACCACGCAAGAUGUACUCACGCUGGAUCAAGCUGAGCGGCCUCGGCUGGGGCACUCUCUUCCCCGUCUACACCAACUUGCUCGUCAUUGCAUUCUGUUAUGCUGCCAUCGCUCCACUCGUCAUGGGAUUUGCGGCAAUAGGAUUGUCCCUCUUCUACUUCGCCUACCGAUACAACCUCCUCUUCGUGUCCAACGCGUCCAUUGACACCAAGGGUCUGGUCUACCCACGUGCGCUGAAGCACCUCUUCGUCGGCUUGUACGUAGCCGAGGUCUGCCUCAUCGGCCUGUUCGCCAUCGCCACCGGCUCCAGCAUUGGCGCUUUGGGACCGCUGAUUUUGAUGAUCGUCUUCCUCAUCUUCACCGCGCUCUACCACAUCAGCUUAAACAGCGCCAUGGACCCACUGCUCAACUACCUGCCAAAAUCUCUCGACGCCGAGGAGCGACGCCUUCUUCAGAUCGAGAAUGGCAACGUUGCAGAGGGCGAUCAGUACGCCGACGGUGCCGGUAAGGAAGGGGCACACGUUCACAGCACUGGCGCCAACCACGAGCUCGGCGCAGCUCCGCAGAAGAAGCCAAACUUCUUCACCAAGUGGCUGCGCCCGGACCUUUACGCCGACUACGAGACCAUGCGCCGACUUGUACCAAAGGACAUUGCCAUCAACUAUACAGAGGAGACCGAGGAUCACGCUUUCUACAACCCAGCAAUCGGCAGCCCGGCACCCCUUCUCUGGAUCCCACGCGACCCAGUCGGCAUUUCACGACAGGAAGUGGCAGACACCGGCAAGGUCAUCCCCAUCACAGACGAGGGUGCUUACCUUGAUGACAAGAACAAUGUGUGCUGGGACGCCGAUGAAGGCCGCCCUCCAAUUUAUGAAGAGAAGAUCUACUACUAAAUGUGAGCACUGCUUUCACAGCUGGGACUCCAGAACCGGACCAGUGUACAUGAUACCCCCUUUGGCGUACAGUCUUUCGGAGAAUAGCAUUUGCAGGCUAGAGCUUUGGGCCAGCCUGAAGCGAUGAUACCAGAAGGAAGGUGCUUGCGUGUCGGUCGUUGGUGCUUGAGCAUCGUUGGGAAGAAAUACAUGAUUGGAGGUGUAAGUGGUUAGAGAGGCAGAGAAAGACCCUAUAAUGGGCACGUUCGUAAGCACACUCAGAUACGUCUUUUGAUAUGAAAGCAUGAGUUGAGAUCGAUCAUUCGAUCAUCCAGCAAAGCU